AUGUGGCGGUGCCCUUGUGAAUCUCUUCCAUUUCAGUGGGAAGAGAUUAGUGGUGUCGAUGAGCAUUACACCCCCAUCAGAACUUACCAGGUGUGCAAUGUCAUGGAUCACAGCCAGAACAACUGGCUGAGGACAAACUGGAUUCCGCGCAACUCGGCUCAGAAGAUCUACGUGGAGCUCAAGUUCACCCUGAGGGACUGCAACAGCAUCCCCCUGGUCCUGGGCACCUGCAAGGAGACCUUCAACCUGUACUACAUGGAGUCCGACGACGACCACUCGGUCAAGUUCAAGGAGCACCAGUUCACGAAGAUCGACACCAUCGCGGCCGACGAGAGCUUCACCCAGAUGGACCUCGGCGACAGAAUCCUCAAGCUCAACACGGAAGUGCGCGAGGUGGGGCCCAUCAGCAGGAAGGGCUUCUACCUGGCCUUCCAGGACGUGGGUGCCUGUGUCGCCUUGGUGUCGGUGCGGGUGUACUUCAAGAAGUGCCCUUUCACCGUCAAGAACCUGGCCAUGUUCCCCGACACGGUGCCCAUGGACUCGCAGUCGCUGGUGGAGGUGCGGGGCUCCUGUGUCAACCACUCCAGGGAGGAGGAGCCCCCCAAGAUGUACUGCAGCACAGAGGGGGAGUGGCUGGUGCCCAUAGGGAAGUGCCUGUGCAAUGCUGGCUACGAGGAGCGAGGCUUUGCGUGCCAAG